GCGGGCGCGAUGGCGGCAGCGGCGGCCUCGUCGGGGGCGGCUCCGGCCGGGCCCGGCCCGCUGGUGCUGGAGACGCUGGCCGGGCUGGUGCGGGGCCCGGAGCCCCCCGGGGGCGAGGGCGGCGGGAGCGCGGCGCUGCCCCGCGGCCUCCCCGGCCUGGUGCGCUGCGCGCGGGACAGCGGCGGGGGCGGCGAGGCGCAGGCCUCGCCCGCCCUCGGCGGCCUGGUGAGCGUCAGCCACGUGCGGCUGGGCUCCCUGCAGACCCGCUUCGAGGGCCUGUGCCUGCUUUCCCUGCUGGUGACCGGCAGCAGCGCCGAGGCCUUCGGCCAGAACUGCCUGGGCUGGCUGCGGAGCCUCCAGCAGGUCAUCCAGUCGCAGGAUCCGCCCGCCACGAUGGGGCUGGCCGUGCUGGUGCUGCGCGACCUUCUGGGCUACUCCUGCCAACUCCCGGAACUGGCCCGGGACCUGGGCACCAACCACAUCCCGGGGCUGCUGACCUCUCUGCUGGCGCUCAAGCCCGAGUGCCAGAUCUCUGCUUUGGAAGGAAGCAAGGCCUGCAUGAUGUACUAUCCCCGGGCGUGUGGCUCCUUGCGAGGUAAGUUGACAACCUAUUUCCUGGCUCGUGUGGAUGCAGAAACACCUCAUCUGCAGCAGCUGGCCUGCGACUGCUACGCUCUUCUGCCCUCCCUGGGGGCCGGCUUCGCCCAGGGGCUCAAGUACACGGAAUGUUGGGAGCAGCAAGUCCACUGCCUCCUGGCCACACUCCACAGCCUGCUGGGAACCCUCUACGAGGGCGCUGAAACAGAAUCUCUCCAUUACGAAGGGCGUGGAGUUGAGAUUCCUCUGCCGACGCCUGAGCAGGGAGAAACCAGCUUCCUUCUCCACCUGAAGCUCCGGUUCACAGGCUUGGCAAAAUGCUUGUGCAGGAUGCUGAGUAAUGAAUUUCCAGCACCCGUGACGGUUCCUGUCCAAGACAUCCUGGACCUCAUUUGUCGCACCCUCAACGUCUCUACAAAAAACUUUGGCUGGUUUGGUGAUGGCCCUUUGCGAAUGCUGCUUCUGCCCGCAGUCCACCUGGAGAUCUUGGACUUGCUUUCUGCUCUCAUUUUGGCGUGUGGCCCUCGGCUGGUGCGCUUUGGGGGAAUUCUUUGCCGCCUGUUCCCACAGGUGCUGACUUCCUGGAGUGCUGGGCGGGACCUGCUACUUCCUGGACAGGAGCGCCCUUACAGUGCAGUGCGGACUCGACUUUACCAGGUGCUGGAUCUCUGGGUGCAGGUGGCUGGAGCAGCUUCCGGCAUCCUGCAAGGACACAAACCUCGCAGUGAGGCUCUCCUGGGCCAUUUGAUUGCUGAUGUCAGCCCCCCGAGUGAGACACUGAAGUUGCAGGAGGGCUGCCCUGGGCCUGAUGGGAAGCCCAGUGCCGCCAAGAGACCCAGGUUGUCUGAUCUGGGGAGCUUGGGGUCUGUGCAUCGCAAGUAUGAUCCCCAGGCCAACAGCGACGUGUGCCUGGCGGCCCUGCAAGGCCUGAGCCGCACCGUCCUGCUCAGUGGCAGCCUUCUGAAGGACCAAGCCCACAAGAGACUGCAGGAGCUGGUCAUCCCUCUGCUGAUCCGAUUGAGCCAGGCCGACGCCUUCCCUGGCUCUCCGUACUCGAGUGCCUGCUGCCGACAGGAGCUCUACCGCCUGCUGUUGGCCUUGGUGUUGGCACCGGCUCCCUCCUGCCCCCCUCCUCUGCAUUGCGCUCUCCGGCUGCUGAGCCAGGGCCGUGCAGAUGCCAGCCUCCAGGUUUCUUCGUUCUGUGCGGAGGCCUUGGUGGUCUGCAGCUCCCUUCUGCACCCCCGGGUGCCGUCCUUGCAGCUCCCUUUGGCAGGGCCCUCUGGACCACACCCCAGCUCCUCUGAGAUCUCGCCUGCCACGGCCUCCCCGUUCCGCCCAACCCCCCCUCUGCCUUUUCCUGCUGCCAGGCUCCCGCCUCCCGCCUCCCCUUCUGCGCCCCCCUCUGUGGCCACCUCUGCCAACUCCCUGGGGCUGCCUCUGCCCAGCCUGAAUUUGGGCCAGCUGCCCCCCCGCCUAACCCCUGAGGAGCCCCCCCUUCCCCCCUCCCCCGGCACAGCAGAAGCCGCAGCCUUGGCGGCAGGAGUCAGGAUGCGGCGCCCGAUCUUUAUCCACUACGACAAGGAGGAGGAGGAGGAUGUGGAGCUGUCUCUGGAGAGUGACUCUGACGACAGUGUUGUCAUUGUGCCCAAGGGGCAGCUGGGGAAAGUUGUCAACAACACGAGUGCGGCAGCGGUGGCGGCGGCCCCUGCUCCUCCUGCCCCCCUGCCCUUGCCUCUGGCCCCUCCCCCUGCCGCCCCUGCCUCCCCCCCGCCCGUCUCGGAGGAGGGCCCUGCCGAGCCGGCUGCGCCUCUUCCCCAGGGGCCCCCGCCUCCUCCCCCAGCAGCGGUGGUGUUGCCGCCUUCCCCCGCCCCUGUGGCGAAUGAUGCCGUGCUGCCUGCCUUGGUUGAGGAGGGCCCCCCCACAGUCAUCAACAUCAACAGCAGUGAGGAGGAGGACGAGGAGGAGGAGGAGGACGAGGAGGAGGAAGACUUCCCAGAGGAUGAGGACUACUUUGACGAAGAGGAGGAAGAAGAGUUUGAGGAGGAGGAGGAGGAGGAGGAAGAGUUUGAAGGAGAACUGGACGAGGAGGAGGAGGGAGAGUUGGAUGAGGAGGAGCUGGAGGAGCUGGGUGAAGAGGAGGAGGAGGAGUUUGAUGAAGAAGAAGAGGAGGAAGGGCUGACAGAAGAGGAGGAGGAGGAAGAGGAGGAAGGCCUGACGGAGGAGGAGGAGGAGGGGCUGCCGCCCACAUUGCUACCGCCCAGGAACAACGAGGAGCCCCCUGAGCUGCUGCCGCCAGUGAUUGAAGAGGCCCCCAAGCUGGUGGGAGAGGAAGAAGGAGCGGCAGGGCUUCUUAUGGAGGUCGAUGAGGAAGCCUUCCACCCACCCGAGGCGGCCGUGGCGGAAGAGCUGGCCUCGUCCCCUGCUGAAGCACCGCCUGUGCCCCCCCUCUUGCUGCCCGGCACCCCUGCCCUCCCGCUGCCCUCCACUCAGGAGGCACCCCCUCCACGGGCUGCCUCCGUUGAGCGGGAGGAGAAGCCCUGUCAGGAGGAAGAGGAAGGCGGCCCCCCAGACGGGGUGGCUCUGGCAGCCUCCUCUCCCGGGGCAGCGGCAGCAGAGGAGGCAGCAGCCCCGGAGGGCCACGCUGGAGAUGCGGGAGAGGGGUCUUCGGAGGCAGGGCCCCUGCAGGGAGAGUCGGAGAAGCUGUCGCUGGCAGAGCAGGAGGUUGUGGAGGUGAAAGAGGAGGCAACGACGACAGACGAGACGGAAGCCAUGUUGGCUGACUUUGUGGACUGCCCACCGGACGAGGAGAAGAUGCUCCUGGAGCCCGGCUCCUGACUGAGAAGAGAAGCAGCAUCAUGGCGGGAGGUUGGACUUAAAAGCGUGUUUUGUUAUUGGGGGAAAUGCAUUUUGUACGAAUUGAAAAGUUCAAUAAACGUCUUUGAUUUGGUGUUUUGGUA